AUGAAAGAGAACAAAUGCUUCCCACCGGGUACACAGGGUCUUCGUGAAGAAUUAGAUCUCUAUUUUCAACUUUGUUCUUUGGAAACAAAUUGCGUUUGUCCACUCACUGAUGAACUUUGCAUUCAUCCACGUCCAUGCCGGGACGUCCUCUCACUUAUGUACUCGUGUGGAAUGUACGAUUUUUCUGGAAAAUUUGCUUUCCAGGUCGGUCUACCAGCGAAAUCCGGUGUUUCUGGAGUGAUGAUCGUCGUUGUUCCAAAUUUGAUGGGUAUCGCCCUUUUCUCUCCACCUCUGGAUAGGCUAGGCAAUUCAGCACGUGGAGUUGCUUUUUGUCAGAAACUGAUUGAAUCGUUCAAUUUCCACAAUUAUGACAGUCUGCUACAUGCCGACUCGAAGAAACACGAUCCUCGACGGAGGAUUGGCAAUCGCGACACGGAAAUCGUCGUCUCCCUACUUUUUGCUGCCAAAUACGGCGAUUUUGAUGUCGUGCGCAGGUUGGUGACGCUUUUCAACUGUAGUACUUUCAGUGUCAAGUCCUGA